AUGAUACCCAUACAACAAUACGAUUUGGAAAAUAAUAAUGUCUUUAUAAAUACAACUGAAAGGAAUGGUGUCUUCACAAAUACAGCUGAAAGUGACAACAUUUUAAACAGUUCGUUAGGUCCAACUGGUGCAAACUACGCAAACUAUACACGUGGAAAUAUACCAAGAACGGAAUCGGUUGUUUCUGUACCGGGCGAUAUUUCAUAUGUCAACACAACUCCAGUGACACUACUUACAUCUGCUGAGGAAGUUGCCCGUGAAUCAUUCGCUAGUUCUGACAAAACAGACUCUAAACACAAGGCAUCUACAACAGAGCGCAGACAGCCGCUUGAGACCCAUGAAGUCCAGUAUUCCAUAAAACAUCGGGCGACGACUUUCAUUCGUCAGCAAACACAUAACCCGAGAUUGUUCCAUCACCAUUUGCAGCUGAUGCCUAUGGACGAUGAGCCGUUCGAUUCAGAUCUGUUCAAGGACCACCGAUAUGUCCUGAGCGUGUUGGUGCCAAUCUUUGUAGUUGCCAUAGGAGCAGCGAUGAUCAUGGCCACGUUGUUCUCACUUAGAUACAUAGCCCGUCGGCGAGUCGUAGGAGAGUUCCCGUUAACCGACGGGAGUUCUAUGGAAAAGGAUGCACAGUCUAUAGCUAGAAUUAGUUCUGAGCGAACGGAUCAAAUGUUGUUGCUACCCGUUGAAGAUGAUGUUGAUAUAUAAACUUCCGUGACAUCGUGUAAAACCUAAAAUUUGUCCUCAAACCACUAUGACUUUUCUCAAGAUUGUGGGUGUUAUGUUCAAUCCGAGAGGUUCUCAGCAACAUGAUGCCACAUGCAAUGACUAAAACUGCGUAUUUCGCCCACGUUAGUUGUAUUUAUUUCUUGAAUCCACCAUGUGACCUGUUGAAAACAAUACACACGGUAUUGCAA